AAUCUCACUCCAAACUUUGGUACUUAAUUGUAAAAAGUGCGCUUCGUCAUAGCAUACCCGUAGUAUCCGGGUCGGGUUUCUCAGAAACUCCGGUCGGCAUAUCAACUCAUAUCGGUCUCUCUCAGGUCCGAUCUCAAGACCGAGAUUACAACUUGCGUUUCUUUUCUCCUCUCUCCCCUCUUUCAUCUCGCAGAUCUCUCUCUCUCUCUCUCUCUCUCUCUCUCUCUCUCUCUUUCUGUCUCUCUCUCUAUAUAUAUAUCACACACAGAGUUUCCUCCAGCUCAGAGUAGAGGCUGAUUUCAGAAUGAAUAUGCAACAAGCUGUACCACCCAGGUCUGUUAAUGGAAUUGGUCGUAGAAGAGGUGAAAAAGAACCUGGAAAUAGGUUCGAUAAUAAGUUGUCAACUGGAAAGAUCAACUCCGGUAGAUUGACAGCUUCAGGUGUAUUGGGUAGCGACAAACGGAUAGACAAUGAAAGUCCCUCACGCGAGAGACUAGUUUAUUUGACAACAUGUCUUAUAGGACAUCAUGUGGAAAUCCAGGUGAUAGAUGGAUCUGUCUUCUCUGGAAUAUUUCAUGCUACUAAUGCUGACAAAGAUUUUGGAAUCAUCUUGAAAAUGGCUCGCCUAACAAAGGCUGGCUCUUCACGAGGACAAAAGAAUAUCUCGGAUUCUGCCAACAAGCCUGCUUCAAAGACUCUGAUAAUACCAGCUACAGAGCUUGUGCAAAUUAUUGCUAAGGGUGUGGCUGUAACGAUGGAUGGGUUAGCGAGUGAGCUCCAGCAGGAGAAGCAGCAGGAUAUAAUGACAGACUCGACCAUAUCACAUUCUCGCCAUGUUGAUGUGGAAAGAGAACUGGGUCGCUGGGUUCCUGAUGAAGAUGUUCCAGAAUGUCCUGAAUUAGACAACAUAUUUGAUGGUCCUUGGAAUAGGGGCUGGGAUCAAUUUGAAGCAAAUGAAACUUUGUUUGGAGUAAAAAGCACCUUUAAUGAGGAUCUGUACACCACUAAACUAGACAGAGGGCCUCAAACAAGAGAGCUGGAAAGGGAGGCGCUAAGGAUAGCAAGAGAAAUUGAGGUUGAGGAUACACAAGAUCUUCAUUUAGCAGAGGAACGAGGUAUUCAACUUCCUCGUGAUAUUGAAUUGGACGAGGAAACCAGAUACUCAUCGGUCUUUAGGGGGGUUAAUGAUAGUGGCUAUGAUGAAAAAGAGAACCUGUUGGAUUCACGUAAUAUUGAAACUUUUGGAGGUGCAUCUGAUUCUUCCAUUGGCAAGUCAUUUACUGCAUUUAAAAGUGGCAAAAGUAAUGAUGUAGCUGAAAUGCCAUCAAGCUCCUCAUCUAUGGAUGAUAUUCAAUCUUCUCAGUCAAUGCGGCAAUGGUCCGCUUCUCAUGAUCAAAUUAAGCAAUUCUCCUCAGAUCCUCAUCAUACAAGUCUCCUAGCUUUAGAUGGUGGAAGCAGGGUUCGAGAAGGCGAGGUUAAUGAAAACCUAGCAGUAAGCAGUUUUAAAGAAUUAGAGAAGAAAACCUUAAAUGCAGAUACUCAACCUUCUAAACCUCGGGAGCUGAACUCAUCAUUUGGGCAAAAUAAAGGUUCUGAGGGACAGGAGAACACCCUUAAUACUCCUGGUCAUGGAAUUGCUGCUUCCGCAAGUGUUCAUCGGCCUAGGGUCUCCCCAAGUUCAUCAAAGGGGUCACUGUCCACGCUCAAUCCGCAUGCCAAGGAAUUCAAAUUAAAUCCCAAUGCGAAGAGUUUUACCCCAAACCCAACAACAAUUCGGCCCGUAUCUCCAGUGUCUGAUGGUUCCUACUACUACCAGGCUAAUGUACCCGCAGUUCCUAACAUGCAUGGCAUACCUGUAGCAAUCGGGGUUGGACAAUCAUUUGGUGGGCAUCAGCCUGUCAUGUUUAAUCCACAGGCUGCAGCAAUGCAAGCACCACAGCCCUUUUUUCAUCCAAAUGGACCUCAGUAUGGGCAACAUAUGAUUCUUGGUCAGCCUCGCCAGGUCGUAUACAUGCCAACCUAUCCUCAGGAGAUGCAGUAUAAAGGACGAGAGUUUUAGCCACUUUGGAGCUUUUGAUAUCGGACUUAUAUGAACCAAUUAACCAUGUGAGAGGUCCUGCCGUUGACAGCUGACAGGCCUGGUGCGCUUCUGAGCAUCAUGUGUUUGAGGAUUUCUUUUUGCUGAAUUCUAAUGUUAUAAACAUUGUUAUUGGAACUUGUCCUAAUGUAUUUUAUAUAAAGUAUUUGGGAUCA